AUGUCGGUGUACCAUCGUGUGCCUCCUUCGUCCUUUGCGCCCCGCAGAGCUACAAGUCACCCUCCGGUCCAUCAGUAUCAUCACCCUGCAUAUAUACAGAAGCUCCCUUCGGUUGAAGGAAAUGCCUUCCCCCGAUGUCAUCCAAGCGCGUCCAUUCCGCGCUUGCGGGAAGCCAUAAACUCACUGGAUUCCAAAAUGGCCUCCUUAAUGAGCCAACGGCACGAGCUGGAGACUCACUUAGAGCAGGCAGUUCGGCUACAAUCACCUAUUCAUCGCCUGCCCAAUGAACUACUGGCCUCAAUUUUUGUUAUUGGAGUGCUUGGAAUCAGGGACGAGAACCCUGUGAUGGUGCCCACAUUAAUGCUAGUUUGUCAUUAUUGGGAAGAAGUGGUUUUAGACACUCCCGUGCUCUGGUCCAAGAUCUCGGUCAGCCCUCACGACUCCCUAGAAAAGGCGAGACGUAAACUAUCGAGAUCGAAAUCGUGUCCUCUUGACAUUUCCAUCUCUUUCGGGCCUCGCCUGGAGCAUUUAAACACCGUCACUGAACAGGUUAUUCAUGCGAUGGAUCUUUUUCGACCAGCUCUCUGGCGAACAAGAUCUUUCAGCUUGAGUGUUCCCACACGACCUCAAGCUCAUGCCGCUCUCUCUCGCUGCCAGGAAGAUGCACCCUUACUGGAAUCUUUGACCAUCCAAAUUUACCGUUCUCAGGACGAUCACUAUUCUAGUCCCCCGCUUCCCCUCUUUCGUGGUCAUACUCCAUGUCUUCGUUCAUGUUCCCUAACCUCUUUCAAUUUUGGCUGGGAUACGCGUCUUGUGUCUCGGCUUCGUGUCCUCAAACUUGGUGGUUAUUUCAAUGGUUUUGUUCCGUCGCCGAGCACGCUCCUGGGUAUACUCCGCCUUUGUCCUGAAUUGGAAGAGUUCGCUCUCAGGAACAUGUCCGAUGUGGACUCAGAUUCUUGUUACCCUCCCUCUUUUCAAGAAAUCGACUCUCCUAAAACCUCCAAGACGGUUCGACUGCCCCGACUUUCAAAGAUCUCGUUCUACUACUCCGGCAUUGUUUUCACCCGCCAGAUCAUGAACCAAAUCACUUUUCCGAAUCUAGAGUCACUCGAAAUGUGUUACCUCGAAAACGUCACACCGAUCCUCCAACUGCUUUACACGCAAUCCUUAACCCGACUCCCAUUGCAAUCGUUACGGAUUGAAUCGUGCUUUUUCAAUGAACCAAAGCUGGUGACCCUUCUUCGAAAGUUGCCAUCUAUGACUAGCCUGGAACUUGUAGAUGUCGAGGAUGCUUCGUCAAACCUAUUAACAAGUCUGUCUUCCUCUCAGCCAUGGAUUUGUCCUAAACUGGAUACAGUGACCCUAGAUGGAUGUACUUCUCUCGAUUGGGACUCUCUUCGCACCUUUGUGGAGUCCCGGCUUCCUGUCAACUCUUAUCCCCGAUAUCAAGAUGCUCGUGCCUUCCGUUCAGCCCAGGCCGCGACCAAGACUAUCUCUGCUUCUGCCGUCGCUGCAGGCUACUCUCGUUCCAGUAAAUCCAGAUCCGCUCAGCACCCUCAAGCGGUGCUUCCGGGUCCACGUCGCAUACGCUCCAUAGACGUUACACGCUGCAGUCAAAUUAGCAAGGAGAUGGUACAGUGGCUGAGAAUGUACAUUCCGGAAGUCAAAUGCGAACCUGCCAAAGGGGUCUGGGGAGAACCCAUGAUGCCUUGA